AGGAGAAUAUGGGAUCCAAGAAAAAAGGCUUUGUGUGGCUAUGGCAGUGCGUAGAGGAGGGGAAAGUUGAAGCUGGUGGUGCAGGUGAAGAAGCUGUGUGAGAAGAAGAUAGGUCCGUCGUCACCCACCGCCACUACCACCACCACCUCCUCCUCCUCUUCUGCUGUCGUGGUACACCCAAGGCUUCAAGAUAUUAUCACCAUUUUCUAUUUCAUCUCUCUCUCUCUCUCUCUCUCUUCGCUUGCCCUCAUACAGAGAGCUUUUGUUCCUCCCGAGACAGUGGUGCCCCCUUGAACCUGAAAUUCCUCUUCCCGAUCCCCAUUUUCUUCGAACUUCUCCGGAGAAUUUCGUCGUUCCCAAAGAGUUUGUCUCACAAUUGAUACAUGCAUGAAUCUGCCUUUGCCUUUUAGCUUCUUUUAAUCUGCUCUCAAAUUUUGCUGCUCGCCUACUACUCGAUCUAGAGUUAUUUCAAACUUUAGAGCACUUUUUUUAAGUCGAAUCAUUAUUACUUGAUAAAGAUGUCGUUGAAGGGUUUUGUACGCGAGCUUAGAGAGAUCCGAGAUGACAUUAGCAACAUAUCCAUUGGAAAAUUCCAUGCAAAGGGAAUGCGCCGCCGUGGGCGAGCGCACAUUGCUCCGGAAGGCGAGUCUGAAUUGCCUUGUGAAGUGAUUGAUCAGAGCCCAUGGGCAAACAUGCCCCCUGAAUUGCUUCACGACAUAAUUAAGCGUGUUGAGGCCAGCGAGACCUCGUGGCCUGCGCGGAGGGAUGUGGUCGCUUGUGCCUCUGUCUGCAAGUCUUGGAGGGAGAUCACCAAAGACAUUGUUAAGACCCCUGAGCAAUGUGGCUGUCUUACUUUUCCCAUCUCGCUAAAGCAGCCGGGGCCAAGAGAUGCUCCUAUUCAAUGCUUUAUUAGACGGGAUAGGGCAACUGCGACAUAUCUCUUGUAUCUGGGCUUGAGUCCUGCUUUGUCCGGUGAUACGAGUAAAUUGUUAUUAGCAGCAAAGAAGUUUAGACGGGCAGCAAGCACUACUUUUCGAAUAUCUUUCGUUGGAAAUGAUUUCUCUCAAGCAAGCAAUAACUAUGUUGGAAAACUGAAGUCUAAUUUCCUGGGAACCAAAUUCACCGUUUAUGAUAGUCAGCCUCCACACCCAGUAAUGCAAUCCAACUGUAAGCCAGGCAGAAAAAUCCAUUCAGGUCAGGUUUCUCCAUUGGCACCUGUUAGAAACUACAACGUGGGCACCAUUUCUUAUGAGCUCAAUGUACUCCGAACCAGAGGCCCAAGGAGAAUGCAAUGCACCAUGCAUUCGAUUCCUUUCUCUUCAAUUGAAGUAGGGGAAUCUGCCCCUACUCCAACAGAAUUCAUAAGUUCUAACAAGCAAUUUCCUCCAUCAUCCAUUUCAAAAUCAAAGGAGUCAAUUAUUGCAUUCAGCUCAACUAGCCUUGCUGAGUCAAACCAACCAAUUUACACCAGAAAAUCUCCCUUGAUUUUGAAAAAUAAAGCACCAAGAUGGCAUGAGCAGCUUCAGUGCUGGUGUCUAAAUUUCAAAGGACGGGUCACAGUGGCCUCUGUGAAAAAUUUCCAGCUGGUAGCAGCUGUGGAGCCUGGCCGCAAUGUGCCAGCAGAAGAACAGGAAAGAGUUAUUCUCCAAUUUGGGAAGAUUGGGAAAGACAUCUUCACCAUGGACUAUCGGUACCCACUGUCUGCAUUUCAAGCCUUUGCAAUCUGCUUGAGUAGCUUUGACACUAAACCAGCUUGUGAAUGACCAUACUAAUUUACCAUGGGCCAAAAUUGCCAUUAGUCUUCCUUGAAAUUUUGUUGUACAUAUUUUCUUAAAGAAAGCACUUUAGGAGUUGUCUUCCUUUAUAAUUUCUGCUGGUGCAUGCAUGUCACAUCUACACAAAUUGUAGACAUCUAUUUCAGAAAUGUAGUUUCAGAUCAGAAAUCUACGCCCACCGAGUAAUUUCUUCA